CUCCGGAACAACAGAGGGCGGUAACGUGCUUCUCUCUCAGCCGGAAGUUGUUACCGGAAGCGCACCGUCGUCCCGCGGAGGCUGAAAGGAGACAGAACCAGAACCGUUGUGUUUCAGCGGAAGGAUGGCUGAUCCCGGGAUGGAGAUUUCAUCUCUUCUUCAUAAGCUUCAUCUCUCCUCCUCCCCCUCUGAUCCCCUCCCUGCAAUCACAGAGCUCCUCUCUCAGCUGCAGAAGAAGCUGAUUGGUGCAGUUCAUAAUUCGUGUGAAAACAGCUCAGUGGUUGGUCAGGUCGAGCAUCUGUUUCAGACUGCAGAUCCUGAUUGGCUGUUCCCUUCUGUAUCAGAUGACCAGGAAACUGAAUGGGUGGAACUUCGGUCAGCAUACAAGUCUGUGAUCAGUACUCUGAUUGGCUGUGCAGCUCUACCAAUCUGCGAGGAUGACUGCAGCUCUUUAGACUCUGCAGCUUAUCAGAGCAUCCCAAGUCGGGCCACAGCUGUAUGCUCUGCCCUCACGGCGCUGCUGGGAAGCUGGGAUGAAGGAUGCGGAGCCAGAAGAGAUAAAACUGGGAUGACUGGGUUGUUGCUUACUGUGGCUCCACCAAUUUUCCUGUUUUCUGUCACACAUUUCCAGGACCAGCCAUGGAGCACCGCCUCUUCCAGGACGGCCGCACGACAUCUUCAUGAGGCGCUGGUGAGGGUGGGUGGCUGGAGAGACUCUGCUCACCUCCUGAUGGGGGACGAGUACACGGAGGACAGAGGGAUUCUGGGCGGAGUCCUCGACAUCCUGCUGCCUCAGCUGACCAAGGAUUCGUGGCAUCGCUGUGAGGCUGUGAAGCUCGUGUUUGUUUGGACUCUCCUGCAGGUGACCCGACCCGUCCUGUCCCCCUUCCUUCCCCGCCUCCUCCCCCCUUCGCUCCUCCUGAAUGACCACUACAGGCCAGACAACUGCAUGCUGGGAGUUGGCUGUGUGCAUCACAUCGUUCUCAACACGCCUGCUGCAGACCUUCGUCAGUUUAACAGAGCAGAGGUUCUGUAUCAAGCUCUGUUUAAACACCUGUACACCAGUGAGGCUGCUGUCAUCCAGCUCGUCCUCUCCUGCCUCCUCGACCUGCUGCUCAUUUUGGAGAAGCCCCCUUCCUCCACCAGCCACAGGAAGCCCUGUCGCCAUGACGACGUGCUGCGUCUGUUCCUGACUCACAUGGAGGUGGAGCACAAGGUGGCGCUGCGGCGUGUCUACGCCUCAGCCCUGCCGCUCUACGUGGAGAGAAUGGGCGUGGCUGUGUGCAGACACCUGCAGCGGGUGGAGAGGGUGGUGCUGGGAUAUCUGGAGGUCAGAGAUCCACCUGAGGAAACAAACCGGCUAAUGAUCCUGGAGGUCCUGCAGAGAACGAUCAAAGUGGCUUGGCCACGCAUGGCGUGUCGCGUUGACGUCCUCCUACGAUGCUUGCUGCGGCUGCUGGUCGACGUCUCCUCGGACUCGAGCGUCGGCGGCCCGGUCCGACAGGAGCUGAUGGAUCAAAGCUCCGCCUCCAUUCGCCUGCUGGACGCCUGUUCAGAGGGGCGCGUUCAGCAGGGGGCAUCACAUCUGACAGGAAGGCGUCAGGAGGUGAGAGAAAGGUGGAAGGAGGUGACAUCAGUGCAGGUCAGCCCUGUGGAAACUACAAAUACUUCAACGAUGGACUACAAACAUGGCUUCAGAAACUGUGCUGCAGGUGUAAUUAAACCACACAGAGGAAAAUCCACAUGCUGGUUUCUCUGUCCAGAACUAGAACCCACAGAACCCCAUCAGUCACAGCUGAUCCGUGUGAAAAAUAAAACAUUUUUUAUUAUUCUGGUGUUUUUCUGCAGUCCUCUGCUUUUUGUUUCAUUCUUAUCCCGACCCGGAAAACAAGUUCCACAUUCUUCCAGGCUUUCCUCAGCUCUGUGGGAACGCUGAUCGAAGGGUCACUUCCUGUUGGUUUUUCACAGUAAAACGCAGAAACGUGAGAAGGUUCACUGACAGUGGUUUAACAUGAACAAACAGCAGUGGUUCUACCUGGAUUAGGUCCUCUUGCUGUGUUACAUACAGGUGUCCUGCUCUCCACCGUCUCUGAAUCAGACACCUUACUGUUGAGGUGGUGUCAGACUGCAGACUGAACAUGGUGAGAUGUUUUAGGAAACGAAGAUGAUGGAAACUCUCAGUAACCUGCAAACCAGAUGAACCUGAAGGCGGCUCCCUCAGGAUUCAUCUCUUGUUGUAGGUCCUUCUUGUUUUUGCUCAGUCUGCAGUAAAACCUGGUUCUGUCCAGAGCUCCUACUGCAGUAAGUAAAGCUUAGUUCUUUGCAGGCUCAGAUGUUUCUUAGUGGUCCAUCUUCUUCAGCUUGGUUGGGAGCAGUUGCCAUACAUGAUGCUUUUAAUUAGAUGUCAUAUGAGUUUAAUUAAGCAUUGAGUAGUACUGUAGCAGCGUGCUUGGAGGUGUCAUUCUGACAGGUUGGAUUCGUCUGCUACCAACAGGUUGAAACCUGGUAAAUCACAUCUUCUCCGAUGUGUGACGUGAAGUUUGAUUCAGAUCUGAUGUUUGGAGAGCUGGAUUUCAGAUGGUUGUGCUGCAACUGGUUUGUUAAAGGGGACAAAUCAUGCAAAGUCCACUUUUUUUAGCUUUUAAAUCCACGUUGUUAUGUACUUAGAGUCUGUAGGAGGGCAGAAAAGUUGAAUUUAGUCUUUCCAGGUGCUGCGGAGAUUUCUUUAUAUUCUGUUUGGGUCGUAUUUUUUUUAUUUUGUUCAGUUUUCUCUCAUCUGUUAUGUUUUUCCAACUGUAACGUCGCAGUAUUUACUGCAGAACAGCUAAACAAGGUCAUGGACUGCUGGCAAAUCAAUUUCACGUAUGCGCCAUAUUUAUUUCUCGCUGCGAUUUUGCAGUCAGGUGUGCUGAAGCUGCGAGUGUUUGAGUAGAAAUGUUGAGUUGUUGCGUGUAGCAUCAGAACCUCUUCAAAGUUCCUGGUAACAUUUUAUUUUCAUGUAAAUGUUCCCACAUCUUCGUCUGCAUGAAGCUCUUCAAGGCCAAGUUCUUCAUCAACCUCCUACAGUAUCAAGAAGGAUUUGACUUCAUCUGAUUAACGGAUCAGUUCCUUCAGUCUAUAGAAACGACGACGCAGCCAGCUGCAAAUAACGCUAAAAUGACAACAAACUUUAUUUUAGUCCUGGCCAUGGUUCUGAUAGCACCGGGUCUUCUGCUAAAGUUAGCGCUGUGUGUUGCUUUUAGCUCCUGGAGGACAGAACCGUACUGCAGCUUUUUAUAUUAUUCUCAUCACAUUAACAGUUUUUAUUGUUUUUGCCAUGUUUGUCUUGUUUCUGUGG